AUGGAGCUAGGAGGGGCUUUCACUAUUUUUCUGGCACUCUGCUUGUCUUGCUUGAUCAUCCUCAUUGCCUGGAAACAGAUCAGCAAGGGAGGGAAGCUUCCCCCAGGCCCCACACCACUGCCCUUCCUGGGAAACCUGCUGCAAGUCCGCACGGAUGCCACCUUCCAGUCUCUCAUGAAGCUCAAGGAGAAAUAUGGCCCUGUGUUCACUGUGUACAUGGGACCCAGGCCAGUAGUAGUUUUAUGUGGACAUGAAGCAGUGAAGGAGGCUCUGGUUGACAGAGCAGAAGAUUUCAGUGGCCGAGGAGAACUGGCUUCCAUAGAUCGAAACUUCCAAGGUCAUGGUGUAGCUCUGGCCAAUGGCGAACGAUGGAAGAUUCUCCGCCGCUUCUCCCUGACCAUCCUCCGGGAUUUCGGGAUGGGAAAGCGAAGCAUUGAGGAGCGGAUCCAGGAGGAGGCCGGCUACCUAUUGGAGAGUUUACGGAAGACCAAAGGUGCUCCCAUUGAUCUCACCUUCUUCCUGAGCCGCACCGUCUCCAACGUCAUCAGUUCCAUCGUUUUUGGAAGCCGCUUCGACUAUGAAGAUGAGCAGUUCCUCAAACUACUGAGGCUGAUCAAUGAGAGUUUCAUUGAGAUGAGCACCCCUUGGGCACAGCUAUAUGAUAUGUAUUCCGGAAUCAUGCAGUAUUUUCCAGGAAGACAUAAUCGAAUCUACUAUCUGAUAGAGGAGCUCAAGGACUUCAUUGCCUCUAGGGUCAAAAUCAACGAAGCAUCUCUUGACCCCGCAAAUCCUCGGGACUUCAUUGACUGUUUCCUCAUCAAGAUGCAUCAGGAUAAAAAUAACCCCCACACAGAAUUCAACCUCAAGAAUUUGGUUCUUACCACUCUCAAUCUCUUCUUUGCUGGCACGGAGACUGUGAGCUCGACCCUCCGAUACGGAAUCCUGCUGCUCAUGAAGUAUCCUGAAGUAGAAGCCAAAAUCCAUGAAGAAAUUAACCAGGUGAUUGGACCUCACCGGAUACCAAGUGUGGAUGACCGGGUCAAGAUGCCCUACACAGAUGCUGUGAUCCAUGAGAUACAGAGACUGACAGACAUCGUGCCUAUGGGUGUACCCCACAACGUUAUCCGGGACACUCACUUCCGAGGCUUCCUUUUGCCCAAGGGUACAGAUGUGUUUCCCCUGAUUGGUUCAGUCCUCAAAGACCCCAAAUACUUCCGCUGCCCAGAUGCCUUCUAUCCACAACACUUCCUGGAUGAGCAGGGCCGCUUCAAGAAGAAUGAAGCCUUUGUGCCUUUUUCCUCGGGAAAGAGAGUCUGUCUGGGUGAAGCCAUGGCCCGAAUGGAACUCUUCCUGUACUUCACCUCAAUCCUUCAGAACUUCUCCCUGCGUUCUCUUGUGCCACCAGCCGACAUCGACAUUACCCCCAAAAUCUCUGGAUUUGGAAACAUUCCCCCUACCUAUGAGCUCUGUCUUGUAGCCCACUGA